CGGCGAAAGAUGUUCCAUCUACUAUUAGUGUUAACUUUCGUGACUUUAGCUAGAAGUCAUGAUGUCGUCGUGGGCACAGCUAACGACGGUACAAAAAUCUUCGAUGAAGAGAAGCACGCAAAUCCAGCAAUUUGGAAACAAAUAGAGAAUGUAACAAUCAGUGCUAAGGACAAUGAAGUUAUAAGUAAAAUAAUAGUAACAGAUAUGAGGCCAGAGAAGGAUGGAGAUGUGAAAAUAAUACAAGGUGGAGAAGGCCAAAACAACGUUACUCUCGAACUGAAAAGUCCAACUGCUUUAAGAGGAUUCGCUUUUCACAUCGAAGUAUAUUCCGCCCCGAAAGAUAAAGUAAAAAGCAACACAGCAAGCAGUACAGUAACCACUGAAAAUAUUGGAGUGCCUUCUCAUCCAAGUCAAACAACAAGACAGCGACGAGAACCAGAAGUUAACCCGGCAAAUUUUAAUAUACCUGUAACAACAUUCACAGGAAUAGAUGAUUCAAACGACACAAGGCAAUACGACGGAAAGAAAAAUACUGAAACUAGCGCAGUUAAUCCAAAAGUUAGCCUUUCUCAAAAAUCAUCAGAAACUAAAGUGCAAGUAACCCCAAAAACCGAAACAGACAUUGAAGGACUAAGAAUAGCUCGUGAAACUGUAAAUAUAUAUGAAAAACAACCCGACGAAGCUAAAAAUCUUCACAAAGUAUUAUCGAAUCCAAUAAUCACAUCAAAAUUAGAGUCAACUGAAAAGCUUGAUCGAGAAUCUACUGGUAAAUCCAAUACAGAUUCACUCGGAAACGAUAACAAACGCGGCGUUAGAGAUACGCAAACUGAAGACAGAAGCGACCAUUCAAAUCACACUAUUAACGAUGAGAACAGAAGUAAACAGGAUUCUAUUGUACCUGCACUAUUAACAGAAAACCCUACGCUUCCUCGUCGAUUUAAAAGGCAAGUAAGUCAAUCUGAAAAUAAUAACAACAUUACCAAAAUACCUAACGGUGGGGCUUUCACGCCACCCUCAGAAUAUACUAUAACUGAAUUACCAAAUGUGAAAGAGAGAAUAGUACGUGACACUGAUGGUGAAAGGCAGAAUCCUGAAAAUAAAGCUGCAUUAUCACCAACUUUUAAUGACCAAAAACGAAAUUCUCAUACUAGCUCACAAGGUGAGACUGAUCAAUUCGGUAGACCAAAUAGUGAUUCAUCACAUGUAAAGGAGAUAAAAGUACGUGAUACUGAAGAUAAGAAACCUGUAAGUCCCCAUACACAUAUUACUAACGACGAUAGUAAAAUUUUAUUACCACCCCCUUUAAACACGGAAAUGUCGAAUCCUGGAGGUAAAGUUCUACCUCCGGUUACCGUUCAAAAACGAAAUGCUCAAGGUGGUACUCAACAAAAUAGAAAACCAGACACUGACAUUUCUAGAAAUCUAAGCCCUCUGCCCUAUGCAACAUUAUCUACAACAACAACAACAACAACAACAGAGAAGUCACAAAUCAAACGACAGACAGAAUCUAAAUCGAUAAACGAAGAGAAAAGCAAACAAGACGGUUUGAAAAAUAUUCCACAACCAGUUGGGCAACAAACAGUAUUACCUACUGGUAAUGAUAAAAAAAUAAACUCACAAGGUGAGACUCAUCUACACGGCAGAUCGAAUGUGAAGGAGAGAACUGUACGUGACACUGAAGUAAAGAAACAUGUAAGUUUACAUCCCGAUAUUAUUAAGGAUGACACGAAACUUCCAUUACAACCCCAUUUAAAUACGGAAAAGCCGAAUCCUGGUGAGAAAGCAGGAACAUUACCUCCUAUUACCGUUCAAAAACGAAAUUCUGACGGUGGGGCUGAACAAAAUGGAAAAUCAAACACUAACAUUCCUAAAAACCUAAGCCCAUUGCCACACGCAACAUUAUCUACAACAACAACAGAAAAGUCACAAAUCAAACGAGAUACAGAAUCGAAAUCGACAGAAAAAGAUCAUAAAAAUAAAGGAAUCUUAAAAAAUGCACCACAGACGGUUGGACAACAAAAUACGAAACCAGAAAAUAAAGUAACAGUAACACCUACUAGUAAAGAUCAAAAACGAAAUUCACAAAUAAACUUACAAGGCGGUAGAUCGAACGGGAAAGAGAGAACAGUACGUGACACUGAAGAAAAGAAACCUGUUGGUUCAUAUCCAGAUGAUAGUAAACUUCCACUAAAACCCCAUUCAAAUACGGAAAAGCCAAAUCCUGAAAAAAAAGCAGGAAUAUUACCUCCUAUUACCGUUCAUAAACGAAAUUCGCAAAAUGGGCCUGAACAACAUGGAAAAUCAAAUACCGACUUUUCUAAAACACUAAGCCCAUUACCUUAUGCGACAUUAUCUACAACAACAACAGAAAAGUCACAAAUUAAACGAGAUACAGAACCAAAACCGACAGAUAACGAAGAGAAAAGUAAAAAUAUUUUGAAAAAUGUACCACAAACAGUUGGACAACAAAAACCUAUAUAUGACCCAAAACCUAUUCAAUAGUAGAGUGUAUAUACAGAACAAUCAUGAGAGUAGUUGAUAGCAUAGGUGUACCUAUUUAAGCAACAACUUAAGUACUAGCUAAGAAAAUACGAUAAAAUAAAUACUAAAUUGUUAAAAAUAU